AACUAUCCCUUUAAGGGACUGUGCACGGCGUCAUUACGUUUACGACGAAACGUCUAACGUCAUCGCGCUAUUACUAAGCUGUGUGUACGUGAUAGGGAGGUGUUGAGUUUUACCCAAGAACAGACGAGAAGACACGCAUUUUCACAUCGUACGGUGAUCUCCAGUGAACUCAAACAUGAACGUGUUUGAUCGCAACGUAAACUUUGACGCUGUCUUUAAGUUCUCACAGAUUUCUCGUUCGACCCAGCAGCAUUUGAAAAAUGUCUACGCCAGUCUGGCUGUUUGUAUGCUGGUGGCGGCCGCCGGCUCCUACGUCUAUUUGAUCACGAGAAUCUUUCAGAGCGGACUGAUAAUAAUGCUGGGAUCACUUGCUCUGAUGGGUUGGCUCUCUAUGAUCCCUCACAGUCCUCAGACUGAAAAGAAGAGAUUGGCCAUCCUGGCUGGUUUCGCUUUCUUGACAGGUCUCGGACUCGGCCCGCUCAUCGAUCACGUCAUUGCCAUCAACCCGAGCAUUAUUGUGACCGCUUUCCUGGGCACCUCCAUCAUCUUUGCCUGUUUCACAUUGAGCGCUCUGUAUGCCCAGCGCAGGAGUUAUCUCUUCUUAGGAGGCAUACUGAUGUCAGGACUGACUGUUGUUCUUGUGGUCUCACUUCUCAACAUCUUCUUUGCCUCGGCCUUUCUCAUGAAGGCUCACGUGUAUCUGGGUUUGGCUGUUAUGUGUGGAUUUGUGCUGUUUGACACUCAGCUCAUCAUUGAGAAGGCAGAGAUGGGAGACAAAGAUUACAUCUGGCAUUGUGUGGAUCUCUUUAUGGACUUUGUGGCCAUCUUCAGAAAAAUUCUUAUAAUCCUUGCCAUGAAUGAAAAGGAAAAGAAGAAGGAGAAGAAGUAAAGUUAAACACGAACAAGCUGAAUGCUUUCAGAUAAGCAGCUGUGAUGUGAAUCUAAUAUUAAUUUGUAUGUGAUUUAAUAUGAUGUCUUAAUUUUAUUUGAUAAUGAUUCCUGGUCUUUCAUUAUGUUGUCAUGAGUUUAUGUGAGCCGGUGUUGUUUAACUAUAGAAAGCGUCAGAUGAAGUUGAAUUUCUUUACUGGCUAACUGAGGCAGAAUGAAGAGGAGAAAAGAAGUUCAGUUGGACUACUGAAAGCUUUUCUUUUUGUAAUCUUAGUAUCAUCUGAUUAUUACGUCUUGUCCGUGCAGCUGAAGGUUUGGGUAUCAUUUGGUUGUUAUUAAUAGAUGGCUUGCCUGACUGAUGUGAUAAAUAGAUUUAUGACAGUAGAUUUUGAUCUGCUGACUGCAUUGAUUUAUUUUUUGUUGCCAAUGUCACCUUAGACGUCUGUUGCAGCUAACAGGUUUUUUAGGUUUAUUCUGCCAAACAUUGGUAAUGGAAAACACCAAUGACAUUUUUAUUUUAUUCAUAAUUCUGCUUUAUGAUCCAACUUAAAUAAACUCUUUCACAGAU